AUGGCAACGGUAGGGCAAAGUGAAGUGUACACUUUGAGGCCCAUAUUGACUUUGAGGCCCCAGCACCAUAGUGUUCCCUGUCAGGGUUGGCCUGUUCCCAGCACCAUAGUGGUCCCUGUCAGGGUUGGCCUGGCCCCAGCACCAUAAUGGUCCCUGUCAGGGUUGGCCCCAGCACCAUAGUGUUCCCUGUCAGGGUUGGCCUGGCCCCAGCACCAUAGUGGUCCCUGUCAGGGUUGGCCUGGCCCCAGCACCAUAGUGUUCCCUGUCAGGGUUGGCCUGGCCCCAGCACCAUAGUGGUCCCUGUCAGGGUUGGCCCCAGCACCAUAGUGGUCCCUGUCAGGGUUGGCCCCAGCACCAUAGUGGUCCCUGUCAGGGUUGGCCUGGCCCCAGCACCAUAGUGGUCCCUGUCAGGGUUGGCCUGGCCCCAGCACCAUAGUGGUCCCUGUCAGAGUUGGCCUGGCCUCAGCACCAUAGUGUUCCCUGUCAGGGUUGGCCUGGCCCCAGCACCAUAGUGGUCCCUGUCAGAGUUGGCCCCAGCACCAUAGUGUUCCCUGUCAGGGUUGGCCUGGCCCCAGCACCAUAGUGGUCCCUGUCAGAGUUGGCCUGGCCCCAGCACCAUAGUGGUCCCUGUCAGGGUUGGCUGGCCCCAGCACCAUAGUGUUCCCUGUCAGGGUUGGCCUGGCCCCAGCACCAUAGUGUUCCCUGUCAGGGGUGGCCUGGCCCCAGCACCAUAGUGUUCCCUGUCAGGGGUUGGCCUGGCCCCAGCACCAUAGUGGUCCCUGUCAGGGUUGGCCUGGCCCCAGCACCAUAGUGGUCCCUGUCAGAGUUGGCCUGGCCCCAGGCAGCAUAUGGCGGCUUAGUCAUUAAUGUCUGUCCCAUCCGGAUAUGAGAUCAGAUGAGGAUGUCAACACCAUGAGGGCUAAUGGAUAAGAACACUCUGAACUGGCGUGGCUUACACCUGCACUGUUAGUUUAGCCCCAACUGUCUGGAUGAGAGGGGGAGAGUGAUCCUAUUCACUGAUGCUCUAUGGCUGCAUUUCAUUCCACAAAGUUAUUUCCCCUCCCCUCUUUGACCUUCGUAGACCUUAUAGGGUUUUAUUGGUGAAAGCAAUAUGGUGGAAACUGAAAGUGGCACUAUUGACAUAAACUUACACCAACCAUGUUUCUCAGAUCUGUGAUGGGGAGUGAGUAAGGCAAGAGGGGAGGGUACAUCAUUUUCUGGAAUGAGACACAGCCCGUAUCUCUGUGAAACAGCUAAGUGGCCAUGUCUUUAUUCAUCCCUGUGCUAUGUUCUAUGAGUCAACAGACAGUGCAUCAGGACUGAUAAGGCAAGUGGUGCAGUCAGUCAGUUGCUGGAUCAUUGAUUUAUAGAAGCAUUAACACUAAUGGAUGAAUGCCAGCCAUUGCUUUGAAAAUAAGGUAAGAAAAUCCCUUUGGACUUGUAUUUAUUGUUGACGGAAACUGGUUACAUGAAUGAAACGUUGCCUUUGGUUGAUCGAUACGCUUGUCGAUAGGUGUAGGUGUGUCUGUGUAAACUUGACUGCGUUCAGUUUUUUUUCUUUUGUGUUCAUGUUCUAGACAAGGGAGAAAAGUUGAUACAGAAGUUAUUUUGUAAUGAUAUAGUUUAAUGAUUAAAACGGCAUUGAUUAAAAAGCUAAAGCAUGAAGUCUGACGUGAUAAAGUCAAAAUCAUAAUUUAUAUUGAUGGUUUGAUCAUUUAUCACUAAAUAAUUAGCUAUAGAAAGUUGUGAAAUUAUCAACUUUUUAGAAUUGUUUAUAUAGAUUGCUAUAUCAUUCAAAAUGUACAGUUGAAGUCGGAAGUUGUGGGGGUGCUUUGCUGCAGGAGGGACUGGUGCACUUCACAAAAAUAGAUGGCAUCAUGAGGAAGGAAAAUUAUGUGGAUAUAUUGAAUCUCAAGACAUUAGUCAGGAAGUUAAAGCUUGGUCGCAAAUGGGUCUUCCAAAUGGACAAUGACCCCAAGCAUACUUCCAAAAUUGUGGCAAAAUGGCUUAAGGACAACAAAGUCAAGGUAUUGGAGUGGCCAUCACAAAGCCCUGACCUCAAACCUAUAGAAAAUAUGUGGGCAGAACUGAAAAAGCAUGUGCGAGCAAGGAGGCCUACAAACCUGACUCCGUUACACCAGCUCUGUCAGGAGGAAUGGGCCAAAAUCCACCCAACUAAUUGUGGGAAGCUUGUGGAAGGCUACCGAAAUGUUUGACCCAAGUUAAACAAUUUAAAGGCAAUGCUACCAAAUACUAAUUGAGUAUGUAAACUUCUGACCCACUGGGAAUGUGAUGAAAUAAAUAAAUCACUCUCUACUAUUAUUCGGACAUUUCACAUUCUUAAAAUAAAGUGGUGAUCCUAACUGACCUAAAACAAGGAAUUUUUACUAGGAUUAAAUGUCAGGAAUUGUGAAAAACUGAGUUUAAAUGGAUUUGGCUAAGGUGUAUGUAAACUUCCGACUUCAACUGUAUAUAUCUUUAGAUGACUGGCUGCUAUGAGUCGAGUAAUAUUGGAUAUUCAGCAGACAUACCACCCUAAAUGUCUCUUGAUCUAUCUGAAGCUAAACAGGGUCGGACCUGGAUGAGAGAACAGAUGAUGACUUGUUAUUCUUGUAGUAGCCUAAAUGAGAACGUAUUUGGGGGGUAGCCAUGCUGAGGGUACUGGUUUCGGCAGUGACGGUCAUGGCGUAUUGCUGUGCUGACACACUAAAGGUGGUGGAUAGUUCACAGACGAGGAUGGGAUUAUGACACUCUGUGGUUUCAAAUUUGAAUUAAUGUGUGAUUAAUCUUGUUGUUAAUUUGAAUAUAUUGUGUAAAUUGCAAAGCAGAUGACAUCUACACUGUCUGCGCCUGAGAGAGAGGGAGGGGGAGACAAGAUUACUUUCCAUUGAAAUAAUAUUAGCUAUCUGCUAUAUUGAAGAAUGUUUACCCAAUAACAACUUCAAAGAAACUAGUUUGCUGAAGACUCUCCAUCAUAGUACCUGUGUCCAUAUAAUGCAGAGAUAAGCUCCUUCAGAUGAACGCCGCUGUUUGUUUUAAUCAGUCUGUUAAUUAAGGUACACACUGACAUACAGGGCUGUCAUAUAGUGGGUCAAAUGGGUUUGAAAUCUCUCCAUCUUACUGUAAUGUAACAUCUAGGCUUUCCUAGACAGCCAAACAGACUGAGAUAAGCAUAUCUAUAUACAUAAAUUGUAUACACUUCAUAAUAACAUUUAUUAGGUUCUAAAACACUGGUAUAAGGGUAGGCCCACUAAGUUUUAUACCAUUGUUUCAGUCUAUCUGAUUUGCCACAGAAAGAAAAUACCAUCUUUAGGAAAGGCGUCCUGCACCCGUCCACAGAGUUACAAUGCUGUCUAUUUCAAUCCACAGGUAGGUAUUCACUUGGCACCAAACGGAGGAGAACGGACUGAAACAGGGAGGGACUACCUGAACUUGUCCACUAAGAAACGCUUUUUUUUCCAUUUUCCAUUGCAAAACAUUUUGCUACGCUGUGCACUAAUGAAUACGACCCAGCACCUAACCACACAGUUCCAGAUGGUUCUAUCAGAGAACAUGACAGCCAUAACCAACAUUUCACACCAGUGGUAUGACAGUCUGCAGCGCUGGCACCUGGAGCUCUUCCUGAUCCCCGCCUCCCUCCUCACCCUGGCCACCCUACUGGCCAACCCCAUCCUCCUGGCCUGCAUCCUCUUCUCCCGGUCCCUGCGCCAGGAGACCCGCUACCUCCUGCUGGCCAACACCCUGGCCGCAGAUUUGCUCUUCCUCUCCCUCAACCUUGUUAUUGUAGUCUGUAAUACAUUAGGGGUAGCCAUGCUGAGGGUAGUCUGUGAGCUGGUUUCGGCAGUGACCGUCACGGCGUAUUGCUGUGCUGUGCUGACCGUCACGCUGAAGGUGGUGGAUACGUACGUGGCAGUACGUUGGCCGCUCCACUACCACGACCUGCUCCCCCCGGCCCGUACCCGAAAGAUCCUAGCCGGGGUCUGGCUGUUAGCCGCCAUGUACCCAGUCUCCCUGUUCAUCGUCAUGGAGGCGAUGAAGGACGACGCCCCACAGAGGUCAGAGGUCUGUCUCAUUCUCAUCUCCAUAGGCAUCAUACAUAGAGAAAUGAUGCCGGGCGUUCACAUGUACUUCACCAUCGGAGCCAUCGUCUGCACCCUUCUCAUCCUGUAUUGUUACGGCCGUCUCUACUGGGUCACCAAGACCCAGGGCAUCUGGCAGAACCGCUACUCCCGGGCCCGGGUCACCCUCCUGGCCCACGGGGUGCUGCUCCUACUCUACUUCGGCCCGGGCCUGGUCUUCAUUGUGGAGCUGGUUCUGUACCAGCGCCAGGAUGUCAGCCAGGAUAUCCGCGUGUGGAUCAACACAGUCAAUAUGUGCAUGCUGAUGCUACUGCCCAGGGCCUGUGCUCCCUACCUGUAUGGUCUGUGGUACAGGGAUAUCUCUGAUACUCUGCUGGCGGUGCUGCACCGACGCAGGAGGCUCAGCCAGGUCACUGUGGCCUAG